AUGGCUUCUCCCUUCUUCCUCCUUCUCUCUCUACUCACCCUCACCGCCACCGCCGCCGCCACCACCACCACCACCACCACCUUCGACGUUUCCUCCGCCGUGCAAAGAACCCUCGACCUUCUCAACCCCACUUCAGUGGAACAAGAACAACUAGAAGAAAAAACACCCAUCUCUUCUUCUUCCUUGUCUUUUAUCCUCCACCCUCGAUCCGCCAUCCACCAUAACCACCAGCACCACGAUUAUGAAGCUCUCACCCUCUCCCGACUCGCUCGUGACUCACACCGAGUCACCUCACUCACUACAAGGCUAGAAUUCGCACUCGCCGGAACAAACAAGUCUGAAAUGAAGCCGGUGGUUGACACAGAUUCGAUGAUAAGGCCGGAAGGCUUAUCCACCCCCAUUACUUCCGGCAUAUCUCAGGGCAGCGGCGAGUACUUCGCUAGAGUUGGAUUGGGUACGCCGGUGCAAUCGUAUUACAUGGUUAUCGACACCGGCAGUGACAUUAAUUGGCUUCAAUGCGAGCCUUGCUCCGAUUGCUACCAACAGACCGAUCCGAUAUAUAAUCCGGCGUCUUCGACGUCCUACGCUGCGUUAUCCUGCGGCUCUACACAGUGCGGUUCACUCGAGAUCACCGCUUGCCGGAGCAACACGUGUCUUUACCAGGUGUCCUACGGUGACGGAUCGUUUACCGUCGGUGAUUUCGUGACUGAAACGGUGUCGUUUGGGAAAUCAGGUUCCGUACCGAAGGUAGCAAUGGGUUGCGGCCACGAUAACGAAGGUUUGUUCGUCGGCGCCGCUGGGCUUCUCGGACUCGGCGGCGGUUUGCUAUCUUUGCCGUCCCAGAUCAAAGCGACGUCGUUUUCGUAUUGUCUUGUUGAUCGUGAUUCGAAAACAGCAUCCACCUUGGAAUUCAACUCCGCUCCGCCGGCGAACUCCGUCACCGCGCCGCUGCUACGGAAUCUGAGAAUGAAGACUUAUUUAUACGUCGGAUUAACCGGAAUAAACGUCGGUGGCCGACCGUUGUCCCUCCCUCCUUCCAUUUUCUCCGUAGACGACACCGGAAGAGGUGGCGUGAUCGUCGACUCCGGCACCGCCGUGACACGGUUGCAGAGCCAAGCGUACAACUUGCUACGCGACGCCUUCACUCGGCAGGCGAGAAGUUUGAAACCCACCGAGGGGUUUUCGUUGUUUGAUACUUGUUUCGAUUUCUCGGCCCUGACGAGGGUGGCGGUGCCGACGGUGGGGUUCACUUUCGCCGGCGGUAAGACGCUGUCGCUAAAACCGGAAAAUUACCUGAUACCUGUUGAUUCACGUGGGAAGUUCUGUUUGGCGUUCGCUCCGACGGACGGAGCACUGUCGAUCAUCGGUAACGUCCAGCAGCAAGGGACACGUGUCGGUUACGAUUUGACUAAAUCCGUCGUCAGUUUCUCGCCCAAUAAUUGUUGAAUUAAAAGUAAAACGUUAUGGUAAUGUGUACCUUUUUUAUUAUCUAUUAAAAAUAGACAAAAUGAGCAUUACAUUUUUACGUCUUUUUAUUUGUAUAUUUUAAAAAACAAUUAUU